GAAAACGUCAGCUUACUGUUCAAGUUGUACUGCCUCACGGUGAUGACCCUGGUUGCUGCGGCGUACACGGUCACACUGCGGUACACGAGAACGGUGGAGACAGAACUGUACUUCUCAACGACGGCUGUGUGCAUCACCGAAGUCAUCAAGUUGCUCUUGAGUGUGGGCAUCUUGGCUAAAGAAACUGGAAGUGUGGCAAGGUUAAUAACAUCUUUAAAAGAAAAUGUAUUCGGAAGUCCUAUAGAAUUGCUAAAAUUAAGUGUUCCUUCAUUGGUGUAUGGUUUCCAAAACAAUAUGGCAUUUGUGGCUCUUAGCAACUUGGAUGCGGCAGUCUACCAG